UAGUAAACGUCAGGGACAGAUAGAUCGCGAGAAGAUAGAAAAUUAGCAAGUCAGCAUGCGGUCGAAAGUGAAUUCAGCACUAUUUUCUUUUGCUCUUAAAUCUACCUUAAAACUAUUAUAAAAUUAUUUUUCUCUACUGAGUGUUAUCAGAAGUUUAUUGUAAUACUAAGUUAAAACGUAUCAUGCAGUUAGUUGAUAAAUUCUUAUAAUUAGUAGUACGACGAAUUAUCACAGGUGGGUUCAAUGGAUUAUAGCCUAAAAUUAUGAAUGAUUCUUACUUUAAAACAUAAAACAUACAGAUAUCAAACAUAAACGCGUGACGCAGACACUGUGCAGUAAAUCGAGACACAAGUAAUCGCCGGAAAAACGCAGAGCAGCUUACCCACCACUGAACUAUUGCCUAGACUACUAGAAAGGGACACUAAACGUAAGUUUUACAUACUGCUGUGUACAAAACAAUCAUAAAAAUCCUUAAAAUGAAAAAGCUAAAACGAAUACGAAAACAAAAACUUAUGUACGAAACUAUGUUCUUUUGCCAGGGAUUUUUUAACGCUACUGUCGUUAUCGUCACUGUAAUCGAUUUCGCUACAAUAUAUCGUUUAAAGAAUCGGAAAACUGUCUCUUUCGUUGCGAAUUGCAACAUUUUAAAAAAUCCGUUUACUCCGCGAUCGGGGAGGCUAUAAUAUCACCGAUAAUAUGUCGAAAAACCGUGGGAAAGUUGCGCUGCCGGGUGUGAGUUGUGGUGUUUGCAAAAAUCCGGAUGAUAGCCGGAUGGUGUGCUGUGAUGACUGUGGUGGAUGGUUCCAUUUUGAGUGCGUGGGAGUUGAUCAAGGGAUCGAGGAAGCAGAUUGGAGUUGUGCGUCGUGCGAAGCAAAGCGAGCGGCUCAGAUCACACCGACCCGUUUGACAGUCCCGGUACCAGAAGGAGCAGCCAGAUCGUCAGUCAGCGCCCAGGAUCAGCGGAAUAGGCAACUCGAAAGACAACUAAUGGAGUUCGAGGGGCAAUUGCAACAGAUGCAGCGGAAAUUCGACGAACAGCAACAGUCGUAUGAACGGAUGCUCGCGGAGAAAGAUCGCGAGUUGACAAAUGCAGUGGAUGAUUUGCAGCGCCAGUACCAGCGUCGCUUGGAGAAAAAGGAGCAACAAAUUCGUGACGAGCUGACUGCACCCGCAGCUGUGCCUCUACCGAGUGCGAAUUCAACAACACUGGGGGUAGAGAAUCGUGCGGCGAGUAACGUGUGCGAUGUCAUCGAGCAGAUGCAGAAGCAGCUGGAGGAGAUGGCGAAGAAGCAAGAUUUGGAGACGAAGCGUCUUGAAGGCCGAUUAAGGGCAAUGGAAGUUCAUACCAGCGAUCCAGUAGGAAGGAGCAGUAGUGGUUUGAAUGUUAACGCGGAUCCAUUUGACCCGGAUCGUAGUUCUGGCGUGUCAUCGGUAGCUAAUCCUCAUGAGCUGAGCAGAAGUCAACCCGCUGCGCGGCAAGCAGUGGCAAAAGAACUUCCCAUCUUUUCCGGAAACCCCGAGGAGUGGCCGCUUUUCAUCGCCACAUAUGAAAGCACGACUAAAAUGUGCGGUUUCAGUGACGAGGAAAACCUACUACGGCUUCAACGGAGUUUGAAGGGCAAAGCUCUCGACGUGGUAAGGAGUCGGCUUUUGUACCCAGCCGGGCUUGGAGGUGUCAUCAAUACGCUACGAACACUGUUUGGUCGACCAGAGGUGAUCGUGCAUUCGCUAGUUUGCAAGAUUCGGGAGAUGCCAGCGCCGAAGACGGAGAAGUUGGGAACUUUGAUCGAUUUCGGUGUCGCAGUCCAGAACAUGUGUGCAACGAUCGUAGCCUGUGGAUUAAACGAGCAUCUUUGCAACGUGACACUUCUGCAAGAGCUUGUUGAGAGACUACCGCCAACUAUCAAGCUUGACUGGGCGAAGCAUCGCCAAACCUUGCAGGCAAUCACACUAUCAGACUUCAGCAAUGAACUACCUGCACCGGUUUCCGACAUAUUCCACCGCGAGAGGCGCUUCAAGUUUUCUUGA